AUCGGUGCUGUGUGGCUGGGGAUGCUCCAGCUGGCGCGAUGGCUCCCGCCAUGCAGCCAGCCGAGAUCCAGUUUGCCCAGCGGCUGGCUUCCAACGAGAAGAGUAUUCGAGACCGGGCGGUGAAGAAGCUGCGCCAGUAUAUCAGCGUGAAAACACAGGGAGAGGCAGGAGGCUUCAGCCAAGAAGAGCUCUUGAAGAUAUGGAAAGGGCUCUUUUACUGCAUGUGGGUGCAGGGUGAACCUCUCCUACAGGAGGAGCUUGGGAACCGGAUAUCGCAGCUUGUCCAUGUCGUUAACAACUCAGAGGCGCAGCACCUGUUCCUUCAGACCUUUUGGCAAACCAUGAAUCGAGAGUGGGCGGGGAUUGACAAGCUGUGCCUGGACAAAUACUGCAUGCUGAUGCGCCUGGUCCUAAGGCAGUCUUUUGAAGUCUUGAAGCAAAGUGGCUGGGAAGAAAGCGGAAUCAAGCGUUUUCUAGAUGUCUUAAUGAAGGAGGUCCUGCAUCCUGAAGGCCAGGCUCCAAGUGGAGUGAAGUUCCACUUCAUCGAUAUUUACCUGGAUGAAUUAUCUAAAGUGGGAGGGAAAGAGCUUCUGGCUGAUCAGAAUCUCAAGUUUAUUGAUCCGUUCUGCAAAAUCGCUGCCAAGUCUAAGGACCAGACAUUGGUCCAGACGAUAGCCAGGGGUGUGUUUGACGUCAUCGUGGAUCAGUCUCCUUUCAUACCUGAAGAGGUGAUGGAGGGGCAGAGAACCAAAGGGGGUGAUGGGGAGCUGUCUGAAGAAGAGAUUGCUGAGAACGAGGGGACAACGUGGAGAAAAAUCAGCAAAAAGAAGACAGGGAGACAUCACUCAAGAAAAGACGGCAUCAGCGCCGACAGGGAGCGAGAGAGUGGUGUCGCCGCCGAAGACGCAGGGCCACAGCUCCAGUUCGACUAUAAGGCUGUUGCCGAUCGACUGCUGGAGAGCACCAGAAAAAACAUCCCUCCCUUCAACAGGAAGUGUCUGGCAAGACUAAUCAAGAAAUUCCAAGAUCUUUCCGAAGGCAGGGCCCCGCAGCUGGCUGUGACCGAGGGUGCUUCUGCUGAUGAAGAUGGCCUUCUCACCAGUCACGGAGGGAAUACGAAAAAGGGAAAUAAACCUGCAGAGAAAACCCACUUGGGCAACGAGAAAGGGAGCACAUGCGUGCGUGCGGAGGAAGAAGAAAACGGAGGCAGCACUCCGAGGAGGAAAAGGAAAAAGAAGAAGAAGAACCCUCCCCAGCCUGAGAGCUUACACCCAGCGCCCAGCAUCACCUCCUCCGGCGAGAGAGGGAGCCAAGAACCAGGGGACAGUCAUAGGAAAGAGGAGAAGGUCCCAAGUGUGGUGAAGACAGGCCCAGAAGCCAGCUCCACGGAGCAGGGGGCCUGGGAGCGUCCCCCGGCCAUCACCACCUGCAACAAAAGGAAGCGGCCCAGGAAGAAGAGCCUGAGGGCUCAGGAAGGGGUCCUAAGGUUCGCAGGACCACCUCCAGAGAACAGGACUCCCAGCAGCCCCAACCUGGACUGUGCUCAGGCUCCUGCCGGCCACAGCCCCGCCAUGGGUGGCGCUCAGGGUCUGAAGAGGAAGCGGAAACUCUCAGUCAACGGCAGCAGCCUGUCCGUGCUGGCCUGGCCCCCCACAGGGAAGGGAAGCGCUGAGAGCAGCCCAGGGGAGGCAGGGGCUGGCCAGCGGGGGAGGCUAAAGAAGAAGAAGGGAAUGCCCGGCCUGUGUGCCCUGUACGCCAUGUCCAGCCCGAAGGCGGCCCUCUUGAAGAAGAGGAGGAAGGUGAAAGAGAGGCUGCACUUGGCGGAACACAAUGGCGUGUUGGAGCCUGGAGCCAAGCAGACCCGCACUCUGGGAAAUGGUGGUGCAUUCAGCCCAUUGAAGAAGAAGACGAAGCUGAGGGUGGAGAACGACUUUGUGAAGUUUGACACCCCCUCUCUGCCAAAGCCUGUGUUCUUCAGGAAAGCGAAAAGCACGGCCUCCCCCUCCUGUCUGAGUCCCACCGUCCAGUUAAACAAAACCCCAUCCAGCGCCAAGAAGGUCACCUUCGGACUGAACAGAAACAUGACUGCAGAAUUCAAGAAGACAGACAAGAGUAUCUUGGUCAGUCCUACGGGUCCCUCCCGAGUGGCCUUCAACCCCGAACAGAAGCCCCUCCAUGGGGUGCUGAAGACCCCCACCAGCUCUCCCUCCAGUACUCCUCUCACCCCCAAGACACUGCUGGCCAGCCCUCCAAAGAGAAGACCAACGGCCAUGGAUUUCUUCUGAUCGAACCACUGGACUCCUUUUUCAAGACUGCUUUUGUACAGAAUAUGCUGUAAAUUAUAAUUUUUAAAAUGUGGGUCCUUUUUUUAAUACUUUAUAACUUCUCCUCAGCUGUGAGCUGGCACCACGGGGCUGGGGAAGAGCCGCCCACCCGCCCAAUGUGCGCUCUGACUCAGCCAGCGCUUUAUCGCGGGGGUUAGCUCCCACUGCCCCUAGCAUCCACCUCCACACGGGCAGUGUUCCAUGAGAAUGAGGCCGAGGAGCACGCUGAUCCAGACAUUUCAAUAAACGGAUGCUGUCCGCACA